UUUCUUCGAUCACGACUAUUCGCGUGGAUUUUCCUUCAUUCCAAACAACAACAAAAACAGGGUCUUUGGCAAAUGCCAUAGUUGCUGGUGGGCACAAAUCCCUACAACCGGCAAAGGAGCAGAAGUUUCCUGGAUCACAAUGCCACGCUUUGUCCUUACCCAAAUGGGCUCUGUCUUGGGGGAGAGUUCUUUCCCGACAAUCGGUGUCUUGCACGCGAAUGUCUACGACGAAAACGACAAAGUUAAGGAAGAUUGCGAUCAGAGUGUUCUCGAUCAGUUUUCUCUCCACAUUGCCGACACUUUGAAGAUUAAUCAAGCCGAGAUUACCCAGAUAAUGAAGCCAAUGAAGAUUUCUGUGAACGGAAUCGAAUGGCAAUCAUUGCACUCCAAGAACCAUUUGGAAGCAAUGUUGAACAAUGCCCCAACAGCCGCUGAUAUUGUCUUUUGUUUGAACAGUCAAGGCUCAUUCUAUGACAGAGAUCAAAAGCUGCAGUAUGCACCACUUCGUCUUGACACGAACAUGUCAGGCAACAACGAAGGAUGCGAGUACAGCUCUGGGUCGAUGAACAUUGCUAAUUCGGCGGAACACUGUUUUGCUGCGAGAACUACUCCUCUACCGGUGUGUUCCGAUGAUGUUACAAUGAAGCAACACAACGACAGCAAGAGCACGUUGGCCGACAUGAGCCUUCCAAUCUCCGUGGGAAGCUCAUUGGAAGCUCGAAUGCGUUCCGCAUGUUCCCUGGAUGAUAUGAGCCUGCAAAGCUCGGUGGUUGGGUGCUCCAUGGAUGCCAGAGAGUUGUCUCUGGAUCAUGUGAGCACUCCAAGCUCACUCCUGAAGGGGGGUGCUUCAACGGAGUUCUCAGAGGAAACGGCUGUACGAAAGGCUUUGGAGGAGGAACACCCCUUUGGGUGUGAUUAUCUGGGUGCUCCCGACAAUUUGCUCGGGUCAGACAUUGUGAUUUCAUCCAGUAGUGACGAGGACGGCGGAUUCCAGGAGUGGGAACAUGACGACGAUGAUGAUAGUUAUGAUUGGUACUGAGGAGCAGCGAAGCAAUGGCAAUGUUAAGGAUGUCCCACGGGGUAUACAGUGAAUUUUAGUUUUAAGAAAUUAUUAGCUCACUUUUUCAAGAGCUCUCG